AUGGCAGUUAAAUUAACCAAACUACUAAUCCUACUUGUAACUUUGUUACCACCUUCUUCCCCUUCCACAACCUACACAACCUUAAACCAAGGCUCCUCCCUCUCCUCUCCCGGCGACGUCUUGGUCUCACCAUCCCGCAUUUUCACCGCCGGCUUCCACCCCGUCGGUGACAACGCCUACUGCCUCUCCAUCUGGUUCACCCGCGCCGACACCGUCGUCUGGAUGGCCAACCGCGACCACCCCGUCAACGGCAAAGCCACCAAACUCUCCCUCCUCCACUCCGGCAACCUCCUCCUCCUCGACGCCGGCCUCCUCCCCGCCUGGACCACCAACACCUCCUCCUCCGCAGCAUCCGUGUCCCUGCGCCUCCUCGACAGCGGCGACCUCGUCCUUCACACCCAAGACAACAACAAAAACAACAACUCCUCCCACGUCAUAUGGAGAAGCUUCGACUCUCCCACAAACACCCUUCUCCCGGGGCAGCCGCUCACCGCUAACACGAAGCUCACCUCAUCGGCAAGCCCCACCAACCACUCCUCCGGCCCCUACAAGCUCUACUUCGACAACGACAACGUCCUCCGCCUCCUCUUCUCCAAAUCCGACCUCACCGCCAUCUUCUGGCCCACACCCUGGAAGAGCAGCUGGGAGUCGGGGCGCUCCACCUACAACAACAGCAAGACCGCCGUCCUCGAUCACAACGGCCGAUUCUCUUCCUCCGAUAAUCUCACAUUCAAGACGUCAGACUUCGGCGCCGGGCCACAGAGGAGGAUGACGCUGGACGCCGACGGCGUCCUGCGUGUCUACUCGUGGCGGCGAAAGUGGGAGGUGACGUGGCAGCUCCCUGUGCCGUCGUGCAGUGUCAGCGGCGUCUGUGGUGCUAACAGCCUCUGCACUUACAGCUCGACCGGCCUGGGGCGGCGCUGCGCUUGCCUGCCGCGGCACAGGGCUAAGAACAGCGGUGACUGGUCGGAGGGAUGCGUGCCGGAAUUUGAUCGGAUCUUGCGGUGUGGCAGUGCCGACGUCUUCCUUUGUAUUAGCCAUACUGAGUUUUACGGUUACGACAUUGGAUUCAUGCAGAACAAGACGUUGGAAGAGUGCGAGAGCAUCUGCUUGAGUUACUGCGACUGUAGAGGGUUUCAGUAUAAGUUUGAAUGGAGCUCCGGUUUCUACAACUGCUUCCCCAAAACCCUCUUAUUCAACGGAUAUCAAUCAACUGGAUUUGAUUCCCCGUUUUACUUAAGAUUGCCACCUGCGUCCUCGAACAAGACGAGGCCUCUCCAACUCCAACUUCAGUGCAACAACUCUGUGGUGAAACUAGAAAGAGUAUACACGAGGGAGAGCAAAUACGGUUUGUUGAGGUUGAGGUUGAGGUCCCUGGCUUGGUGCGUGGGCGUGCUUGGCGCGGUUGAGGUUGUAUGUGUGUUGGUUUUCUUGUACAAAACGCAUGCGUCUGGUGAGAAGCUCCGCCACCAAGGUUUCAUCCAGGUUGCCACCGGGUUCACGAGGUUCACAUAUGAGGACCUCAAAAAGGCGUCGCGCAAUUUUAGUGAGGAGAUCGGCAGAGGAGGGAGUGGUGUGGUCUACAAAGGCAUGUUGGCAGAUAACAGAGUAGCAGCAAUCAAGCGCUUGAAUGAAGCUAGCUUAGGAGGCGGAGAAGAAGCGUUUCUUGCUGAGGUAAGCCUAAUAGGAAGGUUAAACCAUGUUAAUUUGAUCCAGUGUUGGGGCUAUUGCGCACAAGGGAGGCAUAGAUUACUCGUUUACGAGUAUAUGAGGAAUGGAUCCUUAGCGGAAAAUCUAGGCUCAAACAAACUUGACCGGUCAAAACAGUUCGAAAUCGCGCUAGGGACUGCGAAAGGGUUGGCAUACUUGCACGAUGAGUGCUUGGAGUGGGUUUUGCACUGCGACGUGAAGCCUCACAAUAUACUUCUUGACGAGAAUUACAAUCCCAAGGUGGCGGAUUUUGGCUUGUCAAAACAACUCAAGAGAAGUGAUCGAGUUGCGAAUUUGGAUAUGUCACUAAUACGUGGGACAAGAGGGUACAUGGCGCCGGAAUGGGUUUAUAAUUUGCCCAUAACUGCAAAGGUGGAUGUCUAUAGCUAUGGGGUUGUUGUGCUUGAAAUGGUCACCGGAUUGAGCCCUAAAGAAAUUGAUUUUGAUGGUGUAGAGGAAGACUCGGAAAUUGUUACCAACGAGAUUGAGGAGGGUGAUGGAUUGAGGAAUCUAGUGAGAGUGGCAUUGCAAUGUGCGCAAGAGAAGAGAGAUGCAAGUAGGGCUGACAAAUCGUGCGGAUUGGGUCGUUAUCGGGUCAACCUGAUAAUGACUCAACCCAAUAAGGCCUAACCUG